ACACACUCACAGGCAGGGAGAGAGGGAGAACAGAAACUGUUAAAACGUCUGUUCGCUCCUUCCACUCUCAGCAUCGCUCAGUUUCUGCAGGAGGCUGCAGCUCCAUCCCUUCAGGAUCUCUACCAGCAUCACUGAGCAGAUAUGAUCUGCACACUUCCCACUGAAGUCUCCUCACUCUCAGCCGGGAUCUCUUCAUUUUUUUAAUGGAUGACAAAAGACAAACGAGCAGUACUACCCCAUUGUGCCUUGGAUAUGGGACCGUGCGUCAGUCCAGCGGGAUCCGGGUCCGGUGCAGAGGGAAAAGCCUUCUCCUGAUUUUUUUAAAUUUUUUUUAUUUGAUUCUGCUUAAUUUCUUUAGAGGAGGUGAGGCUGUGAGUUUUACGCGCCGGAAUGAUGCGUCCCAACCGCGGCUUCAUCCUGCUCCUCCUCAACGGAACAGCUUGUUUGGUGGCGAUGGGUCAAGAAGAUGGCUCCUCAAACCCCAAGAGCUCUUCAGAGGCCUCCUCUAAGACGGUGGGCCUUCUGAGUGGGCAUGCCUCUAACUCACCCCUGAGUCGAUGGAUGCAGCACAGUAAAAGCAGAGCGGCUAAUUCCACCUCCUUGGAGCUGCCUUACCGCUCCCCUGUCCCUUUCUCCAAGCAGGAGUUCUCCAAACAAGAGUUCUGGGAGAUGUUAGGCAGUGAUCUGCUUAAACCUGACACCUCCAGCUCCAGGGUCAAACGUCGGCCCAUUGUCAAGACUGGCAAGUUUAAGAAGAUGUUUGGCUGGGGAGACUUCUAUUCCAACAUCAAAACGGUGAGGCUCAACUUGCUCAUCACUGGCAAGAUAGUGGAUCAUGGCAACGGCACUUUCAGUGUAUACUUUCGUCACAACUCAACGGGCCAGGGCAACAUCUCGGUCAGCCUGGUUCCACCUGUUAAGGCUGUGGAGUUUGACUUGGAGCGCCAGAGUGUUGUCUACCCAAAGGACUCCAAGAUCUUCAACUGCCGUGUGGACUAUGAGAAAGUGGAUCGAAGCAAGCGCACCUCAUUGUGCAACUAUGAUCCAUCCAAGACCUGUUUUCAGGAGCAGAUCCAGAGCCAUGUGUCUUGGAUUUGCUCCAAGCCUUUUAAAGUCAUCUGUAUCUAUAUUUCCUUCUACAGUACAGACUAUCGCCUAGUGCAGAAGGUUUGCCCGGACUACAAUUACCAUAAUGAGAUGCCCUACCUGCCCUCAGGAUAGAGGAGACAUGAUGGGUAGGAGAGAGGAACAGAGGGGGGUGUGACUGAACAAGUGAAGAGGAAACCCAAGUGAUAAAUGUUGCAGAGGCAGCAAGACACCCUAAAACAAAACAAAACAUGUAGCCUGACCAUUGUAAGAUGUAAGAACAUAUAUGCAAACAACAGUAUGCAGUUAAGAAACAUCCUGAACUAACAAUAAAACUCUGGAACCAUCAACCAAUACAUUCAUACCUCAGUCCUGCUUCUAAACUCUUAUCAUCUAGGCCGCAUUCCACCAACCGUAUAGUAAUUUCCAAUCCUUAUCUGAAUGUCCUUUUUAAUCACCCUUUACAAUUUUGCUCUUUUGCAAAGUCAAACAGCAGUGCGUGAAUUAAAAGCAGGCUUUUAAAUGGUCCAGUAAUACAUCAGAGAGCUGCAGACAGAUUCAGCGUUUAUGAUAAUUAUCAUGUCGUGUUUAACAUUGUGCUCUCUAAAGAUGAUUUAAACAGACCACGGGGAACAUAAAGUAUUCAUUUGCUCACAAAGUGCAGAUGAAUGUGGUGUGUAACCAGCCACAGCAUCAUUUUAGAGUAACGCCAAGGGCAGACGUUCUAUGUGCCAAAACUUUAUUAUGUGUCUUCUGAUUCAAACAUCCCAUCUCCAUAUUACUAAUAAACUGUUUUCAGCUGGCAAAAUCCAAUCCCAAUAUAUCCCUGAGUUAAAUUCCCUCCAAACAAAAUUUUCAAAUAAAAAGAGAUUGCUCGGCAGCAUUUCAAGGCCAGGGCUUAAGACAAGCUUGGUGUGAAGGAAAUAAUGAGAUGGUAUGCUGAGACAGACUUGAAACCUCCACACUGAUGAGAGAAAGUACAAGGUAGAGGGGUGAGAGAUACAGAGAUUUAGAGAGUUCUGUUAAUUACAAUGGAGAACGAGACAUGAUGUAUGCGGCUCCAUCAAUUGUCCCUUCUGUAUAAAAAAGAUGACAUUUUGUUGCCGUCAGGAUUCCUGAUUUCACGCCUUGAUAACUUUGACUGUGUGAGGGAGACUGCUCUCUCCCUUGGCAAAUACUGCAUUCACCAAAGUAAACCCACUUAUCUUGAAUGAAUGAAAAUUUUAUCAUAAUAAUUACAUAUAAUUUAAUCUCUUUUAGAUGUGAUUAAGGUUUCAACAAGAGCACCAAAUUUGUUCCUAAAAACAAGUCGCUGGGAAGAAGGAUAAGAAGUCUUUCAGGAGGAUUGUUUUGAUAAUUUCCCAUCGGGCGAGUGGCCAGUUUAGCUCCUGAGUUAACUGCUCUCAUUGAGAUAAAUGACCACUGGCUGACCCGUCUCAUGUUACUCACACAAACAAUAUCAGGGACACCAGCGGACAGCAACAAAAUAAAUCAGCCGCUUAACAUGUUUUCAUGCUGAAAGGUUAUUAGUGUGCUAUUUAUGAGGACACAAUGUCUUUUUGGUUAAUUAGAAUUAACAUUCACAAGACAGGUGUGAGGAACCAUUAAACUGAGGUAUCAGAUAUCCAUUUUGGUGCCAAUGUACUGUGACAUUGGUGAUAAAGAACAGAUAGGUCCACAGGAAGGAGCUGAAACAGCAUGCUGCUGUCCCAUGUGGACCCAAAUGGCAGUGAAUGGCCAAUGUAAAGCCUGUCUGUGGGGGCAGUCACAUAAGGCCUGUACCAGCGUGUCACUUUGCUUACUUAGCGUUAGCACAAAAACUAGCAUUACGACAAUUACCUUGAAAAACAUUUGUCACCCUUAAAACCUUUACACAUUUUGCCACAUUGAAAUUACAAACCUCAUUCUAUCUUAUAAUUUUAUGAGACGUAAAUGAAAUGUAAGAUUUAAUAUUCUAUAUUGUUGAAUAUUGCAAUGAUGAUACUGAUGCAACAGAGGUACAUCCUCCUCAUGCGUCUCUUUUUUCCAGCCUGUCAAACAGAAUUGACAUACAGUAGCAGGGAGUCCCUACAGGUGGCAGUUAUUAGGCUGCAGAGCGUAAAUGCAUCAUUCUUGAAAUAGUUUAACCUAAGCGUCAAACAGUCCUUAGGGUUUGCAAUAUCUCACAAAUUGUAAUGACAUUUAUGGUUUCAUAUAUUUUUAGAACUCCUAAUAGAGUAGUAUUAAGUAUUGCAUAAUUAUAAUGUGGAAUGAUUUUUUACUUUAUUUUUCAAAUGUUUAUGAACCUACUUUAAUUGGAUCCCUCCAAAUACAGUCUGGUGCAGAUAUUUGCCUUUAGAAGUCAGCUUUUAAAGCACCUUGUGUUCAAUUUAAUAUAAAUAUGUAUACAAUAUAUAUGUUAUAACCUAAGAGGUUUAUUGGAGACCAUAUUUGUGAUAGAAAGUAUCAAUAGCAAGGAACACAGCAGACCGGUCAAAGAUAAAGAUGUGGAGAAAUUUAAAAAGCAGGAUGAUGUCAUAAAAUGAUAGACAAUCACUCAGAGCAUAAUGAGGUCCAUUAUCUGAAAAGGAAAGGAAUACGGCAUAACCGGAAAGAAAGACAUAGUAAUAAAUGAAACAUGGUGAUGGCAGUAUCUUGCUGUGGAGCGCUCAGGAAAAAACUACUGAGAAAAUCCUGUUGGAGAUUCAAUAAGUUUUAAACUGAAACACUGGUUAAUCAUCACACAUUCACGGCUAAUUUGGAAUGAAUUAGAUUGGAGCAUAAUCAUAGAACCAUUUAAAUCGUCUUGAAAUAAAAUCUGUUUAGAAUCUGAUGAAAGAUCUGAGAAAUGCUGUUGAUAUGUCCUCUUCACAACCAGACUCAGUUUGGGCUAUUUUGCUGAUUAGAAUGGGCAUAAAUUAGAGAUUUUAAAUUCGCAAAGCUGGUAGAGAUACACAAGAAAUGACUUGCUGCUGGUUGCAGCACAAGGUGGCUCCAUUAUGUAUUGACUCAGGGAACCAAAUCCAAUUGCCUGACACAGAUUUGUAUUUGGAAGAAAAUUUUUUUUUAAAUUCUAUAGUUUUUCUUCUUCUUCACAUAUUUAUGCAUUUCUUUAAAUUAAAAUGAGGUUCUAACAUUACAAACCGUGUACAUUUUCAAAAGGUGUAAAUAUUUUCAAAAACAAAGUUCUUCAUAUCUGCAAAGUUCUUAGUUUUUUUUACACUUUUCAGCAGGAGAUAGCUCAUCUCUGUUAAAUUUGUGUUUGCAGUGCAAACUCUAGUCGUCGACAAAAAUAUCAACAGGGAACAGGCAGCAAAUUCACCUGUGGCCAUCAUGAAUGUUGUUAUUCUGUCUCAUGCCUUCUGUUCUUCUGUCUUCUAUUGUUUAUGUUUGCUUUGUAUUAGCAUUGAUUUUACAAACCAAUGUCCCAUCCAUUUGUUUAUAAGUGUAUCUGUCUUCAUACUUUCAUCAAGCUAAUAUCAGUGGCAUGUAUCAGGAAAUGCAAGAGUGGCUGGUUUCAAUUCUCAGAAAGAAUAAAUAAAUGCAGAGCAUCUGUGCCGCAUACGUUAUAGGUUAGGCAGCAGCUCAAACCGAAUGCCUGACGUCUGCUUGAAGGUCCUUUUUCUGAACUGCUGGCCUGAAUACAAAGUUCCAUGUGUCUCAAAUGCAUCAACCAGCAUGAAAAAGCCACAGCUUUCCUCUUUAUUUCAGUAUCCUCACCGUCCAGCUUACUCUGCCUCUUUCAGCAUCAAAUGUUUGCAUGUUCGAAUGCUGUCUUCACAUCUUUGUCUGAUUGAAUUUGACCCUUUCUACCUCCUUUUUCCUGGAACUGAGCCCUGCUGUGGGUAGUUCCUCGCUGCUGCCUUGCUCCCUUCUCAGCACACGAUUUGAGCCGGCUAAUCUCUAUGAGCUUAACAUCAAGAUAACUCAACAUCAGCAGUGAGAACUUGCCACAAUUCCCUUUUACAUCUGUAUCUCGUAAAAAUAUGUGUGCACACAGUUUUAAUACAUAUGGGUUUAUGUACUUCCCCAUUCCUGUUCAAAGCAUCUUACAUAAGCUCCUGGAUUGGCAGGAGGUGCAGCGUCCUGAAGAGCAUGCUAACAGAGUGCUGAACAUUAAUACGCCCUGCUAACCUCAGUACCCCCACCCAUCCAACCGAUUCUCAUCCCGCAGGGCCUCUGGAAACUCAAACAGUAUGAAAUCAAAGCUCAGAAACAUAAGCCCUGGGCAACUUUGACAAUGGAGAAAAUAAAGGAGAAAGGACACAUGUUGGGCUACAGACUGAUAAGACGCUCCAUCCUCUUCUCUUUACUGAUCCUCUCAAGUAAACAGCAAUACUCUCAGUGAGACACCACCCUCCGUGCCCCUCUGGGCGAAAUAAAAAAAAAGGCUGCUGAACUGUGAUUACCAGACAUGUU